CCCAGUCAUUGCACGGCUAUCAAUAUAGACACGCAAGUUCUGACAAAGCUCUCCAUAUUUUCGUGUGUUCUAUCAACUCAAAUUACUUCAGCAGAAGCAGAAGUCAAAAUGGCGAAGACGCCAAUAGAGAUUUUGCAAGGCAACCUUGACCAAUUUUUUUUGAUCAUCAUGGGCUGCCUUAUUUUUUGUGAGUAUGAUUUUCUUCCUUUUUAUUCAACAUUAUUCCUUCAGCUACUUUCUUAGUGCGUUCGUCAUUUUUAUCAUCGAAAUGAAAAACUCUACGAAGACUUACUAAAGUAGAAUUUACGUCUGUAUUCUACUGGGCCUGUUAAGUAACGUCUACAUAAUUGAAUACAUCAGAGCACAAACAUUGGAUAUAUGAACGCCUUCAGCGACAAAUUCCAGUGUCGAAUAUGAAGCGCACUUACGUUUUCUUGUCAUAAUUGUUAGAAUAGAUUUACCAGAACUUGCUCACAUAUCAACAACACGCCUCUAUAUUUGGCACACCGGUGGAACUUGGACCACUGAAACAUGCGAUGCGGAACGAAAUUUGAAAAAUCUCGCUGAAGAACUUAAUGACCAUGGCUUGAGUUUAUACAAAUAAGAGAAAAAUCUCCAAGUAAACUUGACGUAACCUGUCGUCGAUAUGAAACUUAGUCAAAACUAUCAAAGAGAAAUUUGAAAGAGUUUAUAACCAAUUGCAACUUAAAUUCAGUGGACAUUGUCUACAAAGUAAGAAACUUGCCGGCAUUUUCAGGAAAACAGAAAAAAACUUGUCGUAAGCUUUAAAUAAGUGAUAAACGCUCAAACCUUGUCUGAGGUUAUGUCCAAAAAUUUGAAAGUGCAGCUAGUAAACCUGCAGGUCUAGCGUUACCACAACAAAUCCGAGAGAAGCUUGUCAAUGAAUACAUCAAAUUAAACCACAAGUUAGUAUCUCUUAGCUUCUUUUACAUGCUGUUAAACCGCUAUGAUCUGUUCAGUUGCGCGUGAAUAACAUUUCGCUUGGAUCAUUUUCAGCACAGAUUGGUUUCAAUAGGUCUGGUUACUAUGAGUCUCUCUCUUUCUCUGUUCCUUUCACUUUAAUCAACCAGCUCAAAGAUUCUCUAAAACUGAUAAACACAAAAGCGACUCAUAUCUCAGUUUUGCCGCAGUCGGCGAACCAACAAAAGAAUGUCACUGCUAAUUUUGUUCUCGUCUUUUUUUCGGAAGGGUGUUGUAGCUCGUGCGAUUUCGUGACAUAAGUAAUAUUUGAAAAAAAUUGAAUAUGAGAGUGGUAGUACGGCAGACAAGGAGAAACCUUCUCAUGGUAUAAAUGGGUUCUUCCAACUUCUUUCACCAAAAAAAGAUGAAUGCGAAGGAAGCUGAAGUGUCUCUUUGGAGUUGACCUUUUGCAUCACCACAACGGUGAUUAAGAGGGUGCUGAGAAUCUUGGUUGCAAAACUCCUUCUAGCACUAUAAAAUUGACAUGUUCAUGAAAUUACAAAGCGGAAAUGAUAUUGGAUAUUUUCUCCUUAACUCCUGCAAGUAUAUUACGCGUCUGACGACUGAAUAACUAAAAUAGGAACGCUUUUAGAACACGAUGACGGUGCCAAAAUGAAACAGUUUUGGAAAAAUUUUUUGAUGCUCUAGGCAAAACUCAGGCUUUUAAUGCAAGACAACUCGGCAACAUCACAUUUAUCUAAGAAAAAUUUUUUGAACUAAACAAAGUUUACGACGAAAUAAAAUCAGGCCAAUAUUUAGAUUUAAGUGAGAAAGAGGGGUUUUAUGUCAUGUUGGCUGCCAUCAUGAUGCUCUCACAUACGUUCUCGCUCUUAAAAAGGUGGAAUGGAGCAAGCUCUAAGUUCUUCAUUUUUUGUUUUUUUUGGGGGGGAGGGAGAAUGUAAAACAAAAACGCAAAACAAAAAACUAGAGAAGAUCUGUUUUCAUCAAAACGAUAUCAAAGAAAUGUGAAGAUGAUCAAAUCAGGGGUUUAUGAAGGCUAUUUUUCACUCUCUUAUACGAUGUCAAGAAUUCAGCGAUACUUAACACACCCAGUAUCGCGUAAGCGACUAACAUUUUCAACGAAAACUCACAAAUUGAGAACAGGAGACACAUAACAUGAUCGUAAAGAACUCGGCUUAUGAUUGACAAGACAAGCGCUGCAAAAUUUAGGCAGCAUAGGAGGCUAGAACACACAAGCUUUGUGAACAACAUCAGUCUUUUAUUUUGUUUAUCGAUGCAACUCUUUGAUGAUGCUUCUCCGCUUAAGGUUGUUCGAAACUCAGGAGAAACUUACGCAUGAAAGGAUAGCAUUCUCCUCUCCUAUGUUGUUCUUAGUGACCUUAGCAACGUCAAAACACAAAUAAAUCUAGAGCCUUCCUUAUUUCUGCGCAGGAAGCUGAUCAUAAGCUUGAUAAACAAUGGAUAUUUCAAGAUAUUUUUAUCCGAAUUAAGCAUUGCCAUAAUGGCUUAUUGCGAAGCCGACUAUUAUUUUGCUUAUUAAAGUAAGGUGGAAUUUCUGCCCCCCAAGUGUAACCAUUCCGCCUACUCUAAAUAUAUUAACAAAGAAGAUUGGCGCCAUUAAAUCACAAAGAACUGUCAAACUAUCGGAAGUUGACUAGGAGUUGUAACAAUUGUAGCAGUGAUAAAAUAUUGUAGAAACUUCAAUUUUAUCCAACGUGCACAUUCAUAACCAGCAGUUUGGUGAUAUCUGGGGUGAACACAUACAAAAACAAAGAAUUCGUAAUUCUUAAAUAUCCGGACCCAAGCAAAAAUUCAAAUGAAUCGAGAUUACAUCUCGUCAAAUUCCUGCACGCAUGAUAUCCUCACUUCCUUUUUGCAGCCACUGGUUGAAUGCGGUAAGAAACCGCGAAAAAAACUGUCCGAACUAACAAUCACAGAUGUACACAAUUUAUUUGGCCACAAAAAGCUUGUCAUUUUUAAGCAAAAAAGAAGAGCAAUGUGCAGCUCACUGCUUUAGUUUUGAUUGUUUGUUUCGUCAUUGAUCAUGAGUCUGUUGUAUUGAAGUCAGAAUUUGAAGAGUUCCUUUCAUUUUGUGCCUAAAUUAAAACAGAACGCUUCCGAUAUCCAGCUAUCUUUAACGCUGACAUCAAACUGACACCGCAGCAUUAAUCAUCUCUAACCCUGAAAUGAAAAAUGAGGGAGGCAAAAAGGAAACUUCGUUGAAAAAGUUUGAUGUCAAUGCAUUAAGUGACCAUUUUACAUAAAAACUCGUAUUUUUCAGAAAGAGUUAAGAAUAUUUCCCCUGCAGAAAUAAGGUGGCAAAGAUAGUUCUCUCUUCAUGUUAUAUUUUCACUGGUUUUCCCAGUAUGCUGACUUAAGCAUUCACUCUGCCUAUAAGAUCAUAUCAUACAAUACAAAUAAGACCCGACGCUAUGGGGCUAAACUGAACAACCGAGAUUGAGUGCAAGUAAAAUCUUUCAUUUCAAAUGUAAGAACUGUCAGAUAUUCCAAAUAGAGCAAAAAUGUAGGCAAAUGUUUCCAGGAUUGACAAAUGGUGUCCAGGUGCAGCUCCCUUAAAUAGAUCCUUUACAGCGCAUGUGCCUAGUCGCACUCUAAAAAAGACCCAGGGAAAAGAUUGUUUAAUGACUGAGAAGAUUAACUGAGGACAAGGGAUGUAUGACAUCUUACCCAAUCAGUGGUUGGUGGCUGAUGGCUGAUCUGUCUUUUUGCAGUUAUGCAAACAGGAUUUGCUUUUCUUGAAGCUGGCUCAGUAAGGUCGAAGAACACAACAAACAUUCUGAUCAAGAAUUUCCUGGACGUGUGUAAGUAUUUAUUAAAGAGAGUAAACAUUUACAGGAAAACUAACAGCUUCAAAAUUUCAAACACAUUGGCAUUGCUCCUUUACAAAUGCGAUUUGAUGCAAAAUUCAUCCAAGUCAGUUCUCCAAUUAGAUCAAAAAUUGAUAGUCAUGAUGUAACUGAUUUAUAUCUAUUUUCAUCCUAAAUAGUUAUCAUUUUAGGCUGUUAUGUACAGCUGUCUUUGAACUAGAGUUUUAAUAGUCCCAAUAAAUUUCUGCGUGUGGCAAUUUCGUGUGUAAACUUUAUGUCGCGUUUUACUUUUUACAGUUAUUGGUGCAGUGGCCUAUUGGCUGUUUGGGUACGCAUUUGCGUUUGGAGCAGAAAGCAAUGGCUUCAUUGGACACAAGUUUUUUGCACUAGCAGAUUUACCAGCUGACAAAUACUCUCAUUGGUUUUUCCAUUUUGUUUUCGCUGCCACGGCGGCAACAAUUGUCAGUGGUGCCAUGGCAGAGAGGACAGAGUUCAAGGCUUACCUGUUAUACUCUGUGUUUCUCACUGGUAAGUUCCAAAUCCUAUUCCUUAUUUUUGUCGGGUGGUACCAAGGUCUCCAGUUUUCUACAAGCCAUUGAUAUAUUUAUUGUUCUCCCUCAGGCUUUGUGUACCCAAUUGUCACUCACUGGGCUUGGGAUGAAAAUGGUUGGCUGUACAAGGGUGUGGAGUACACUAAGGACAACGUAACCAUGACUGUAGCAUACCAGGUGAGAUUCAAAUAACAGACAUCUUGACAUGUCACUAAAAAGAAUCUUUCCCAGGUAUACUUGUACCUACCAAUCAAGAUAAAUCAAGAUCCUUAACUUCAGCUUUUUUUUUGUUGUUGAAUAAAUCAAGGAUUUUGCUGGCAGUGGGGUCGUUCAUGUUCUUGGUGGUACUGUUGCCUUAGUCGGAGCAGCCAUUGUUGGACCAAGGCUCGGACGAUUUGUGAAUGGUGUCCCUGUGCUGCUUGCAGGCCAUACUGUACCGGUGAGUAAAGAACUUCUUGUGUAUGCCAUUUCUCGAUAGGACUUUGAAUUUUCAAACUAUUCCAUUCAUAAAACCGGCCAUUUAAAAAUUUCAAACAUGAAUUUUUUCUAGAAAGCGGCCCUUGGAGGAUUUAUCCUUUUUUUCGGCUUCCUGGCUUUCAAUGGUGGCUCACAGGCAGCCAUUGCUAGUGCAGGCGAUGCAGAUGCUGUAGCACUGUCCAUUGUCAACACAGUUCUUGGAGGUGAGACACUGGACCUAUUUAACUGGAAGCCAAUUUUUUUCUGUUUCCAGUCCUUCUUGACAAAAGAAUCUUAUGUGGUUCUCUUCUCUCAUUUAGGAGCUUCAGGUGCGCUAACUGCCAUGAUCAUCAAACGUCUGGGAUUUGCAGAUAAAUACUGGAGUUUGCUUUUCACCAUUAAUGGUGGACUUACUGGAAUGGUAUAACACAUUAGUUAAAUUACGAAUAUGCAUAGGCUCUGAAUUUCAAGAGCACCUUCCACGAACAGCUUCAAAGAGAGACUGACUUUAAUUACCAUUACAUUCCUUUAUCCUUUUAAUGUGAAAUUGCUAUCAAAUAAAUCAUGGAAUUAUUCUCUGCAACUUCAAGCACCAAUUCAUUAUUUUUUAAGCGAUAAAGAUGUUUAAAAAUAUGGAAUUCGAGCUGGUAUUCUUCCCACCAAUUUGAGUAGAAAAGGUUUUUGAUCAGUUUUUGAGCUUUCUGUCGGCUGCAAUGCAUUUGAAAUGCCAUCUGUUAAUUCACCUUCCUUUUAAUCUAAAAAGGAGUUGCAUUGUGUUUCAGAUCACAAAACAAAUGCGUCUGUAGGACAGUACAUUCGAUGAUAUUCCAGGAUGAAAACAAAUAGCAAUCGCCUGAUUUAUUGGAAGUGACCACGUUCUUAUAGAUGGGUGGAUCAUGCCCAUUUUGGCUGGCUUACUGUACUAAUAAGAUGUUUUAACGUUAUCAAUUCUAUUACAAAUGACAACCUUGGCAUUUGUUUCUUAGGUGGCCUUGUGUGCAGGUUGCAAUGCCGUCCAUCCUUAUGCUGCUUUUGUCAUUGGCAUCAUUGCUGGAAUGGCCUACGUUGGAUGGAGCACUCUUAUGAUUCGUUUAAAGAUUGAUGAUCCACUAGAUGCUGUGGCUGGUGAGUUGCUCAAGCACUGAUCCUCCCCAUCUACUCAUGUUCUGUUUUCCAGCCAACUUCUUGUGAAAAGCCUUGUUUAGCACCCACCGUUCUCCACGCGGUACUUUUCGAUCCAUUACAUUGGUUUUAGUGCACUGAAUCGCUGACUCAAAGUGAAAGCAAUGUCGGACUACUUUUGAAAAGAAAUGAACUUCUCACUGGAUAAUUUGGUUUUAUCGAGCGUUAGCCUUUCGCUCUGACGAAGGGCUAAUGCUCAAAACGUCAGCUUAGAAACUCUUGGUGGUGGCCAAUUUACAUUAUCAACCCAGUUGAUAAUGACCAAAGUAUCUUGUUAUACUCAUCCACCGACGCAACAUCACAGUUUCUUUGGAAAGUUACCCCCUUUAUUCAUAAACUUUUCAGUGGUAACCUUGUUUGAUUAUUCUUCACAGUUCAUCUCGGUGGUGGUUUCUGGGGCGUGCUGUCUGUUCCCAUCUUCAACAAAGACAGUGGAAUAUUUUACGAUGGAAGCGGUCAUUCAUUCCGUUUGUUUGGCUGGAAUCUGCUGGGGGUGCUUGUCAUCAUGGCCUGGUCAGCAGCACUGAGUUUAAUCUUGUUCGUUGCGUUGCGCGUCACAAAGCAGCUUCGUGUCAGUGCGGAAAUCGAGGAGAAAGGUAAUAAUAUGGACAAGAUUCAUCAAUUCUUUGUCAGUUUCACGCUUACACUGUCUACAUGUACGUACAUGCUGACACUCCUCAAGGGCGCACCUCGUCAUCGUGAGACUCAGGAACCCUUCUUUUCAUUAGUAGGUUUAACUUUUUAAUAACUUAUUUGACGUGAUGUUAGCAAAAGCAUCCGUAAAGGUCUGACAGACAUAGGUAAUAACCCUGUUACAUCUACGAGGGUGAUAUACUGUUACCAAUAAGUUAUGUGUAAGUAGUUAUCUAGUUACGCCCAAGUUGAUUCGUCAUCAUCUGGUAGUUCAUAAAAUUUUGUUACAUUCAUUUAGAAUAUUUUUCAUUUCCAUGAAACCCUGGUUGAUGUGUGUGUCUGUUGAGUGUUUUCGGUAUUUGUGAACUUGUAAAAAAAAUUGAUAACAUCUAAUCAAAGCAAAUCUCAAUUUCGCGGCAAAUUAUAGUUACCUCAGUGAUAUUUGUCAAAAGGGCUAAUGUCACUGAGUGAUAUUGAUUCGCCGGUUUUCUUUCCGCCAAGUGAUUUGAGAUCAGCUACAAUGCGACAAAUUAUGUUUAAAAUUUUUGAACAACUUUCAAAAACUGUGUCUUUUUUGUUCUAGGUCUUGAUAUUCCCAAACACGGCGAGCCCGCGUACCCACUGGCCAGUUACGGAGACGGAUGGUCGGAGUCGCCAUCAGCACCGAGACAGACCUUGCCGUUUAGUCAUAGUAAUGGCGUCACCCCUGUCCAAAGUAACUAUCCUGAGAAAGGAGGUGGAAUCGAUAAUCCAAGUCUUGAGGUUAUUGAAGCUCCAAACAAGAACGAAACCACAGAGUUUUGAAUAUCACAGACCAGAUCGAAAGAAUGCUACUUGCCCACUUCAUGCCAAAUAUGGGAAAAUCUUUCGUGUGGCAUACGCUAAAUCACAACACUUAUUAUAGUUUCAUAUUGCUCAGUGAAUGAUAUUAACCGCAAUUGUUGGCAGCAAUACUCGACACAAAAAAAAACAAAAUAACUUCAAUUUACCUGAGAAAAAUGUAGGCUUGUCCAUAGGUGACCCGAAAUUGCUCAGACGGUAAACAUCAAUAGUAACGAGGAAAGGAAAACAGCCUAGUUAAGAUCUUAUCUUCUAUAUUUAUUUAGUUUUUAUCGUGCAUGGUGACAGACUAUAUAUCGUACUUUGUAACCCUUGAUAGUUAUUAGAGCAUGUGUCAAUUCAAAAGUAUUUUAUAUUCAAGAUGGGGAUCAAAAUAGUCGUCAAACUUGUUUUUCAUGUGAGAGACUGGACUCCAUCAGAUUAUAGCGAGUGGGGACUGAAGCCACAGUCUAUCCACUAGAGUCCAAUCCCCACUUACCUUCCAAGGGCCACAACAUUUGUAGACACUGGUGUAGGUUAUAAAAACUAAUUAAGAAAUCAUCGCUUUUCACGCUUUAAAAUGCACGGCUCACUCGCUAAGAACUGAUAUGUCUAGAUAUUAUAACGUAUAUUGUGUUAAUUAAAACAUUACCUACAUCAUUUCCUCACAGUCAUACAGCAUGUAAAUGUGCACAGCCAACUACAUUCAUGUAGUCUGGGAGUAAAGGAAUAAAAAAAAAAUCUUUGUUAUGUUAGUGGUAACCUUGUAUGCGUGACUUAACUUUCAAACCUAAAUGCUUUAACUAGCCUGACUUCAGCCGUGAUCCUUUCUCACCACAAACACUAUCAACCUAUAGGCAUUACUUCUACACAAAAUUAAUUCUAGCAUUGCGUCACAGGGC